AUGCGCUUCGAUGUACUAAUGGGCGCUUCAUGCCUUCAGUGUACUAAUGGGCGCUUCAUGCGCUUCGCUGUACGAACGAGCGAACUGGCGAACGGGCGAACAGGCGAACGGGCGAACCGGCGCUUCAUGCGCCACAAACCAGCCCGAACUCCAGAGAUACACAAACCGACUCCGUGCUUCACGCACUCAAUUCCGAGCCGCAGGAGAGUCACCAAAUGCAAAAGCGCAACAAGAGUGGGCUUAGAAAUGCGCUACAAACUGCGGCAGAGGCAAAAGACGUGCAGACUCGGGCUACGCGGAAAGAACAGGCGGGUCUUAAAAACCAAAACACGCCGACCACAAGGGUCCCCGGAUCCAGGGCUCCCUCCCUAGAGGAGUGAAGCCACACCUGGGAGGGCCCCUUCCACCACCACCAUGGCUUCGGGUGGUGCGGGUGGUUCCUCGGACUGCCCGCCGCCACCUCCUCCUCCACCACCCAAUGACAACAACAACAAUGCUCCGGAGAGCCCCGAGAGCCCCGGCGUGCCCAACGUCGUCGAGGAACAGGAGGAGUUCCCUGAAGAGAUCGACUUUGAAGAACAGAUGAACAGGCAGUUUGAGAAUGUCAGCCUGCUGGACCAGGUGGAGCUACUCGCACAGAGCUACAGUUUCCUGGAUCAUUUAGAUGACUAUGAUGAUGAUGACGAAAUUGAACCUCAACCUGAACAGGUUCACAUCAGUGUCCCUGAGGAAAGUGAUGAUGAUGACCUUGAGCUUCAAGGUGCCGCAGCGGCCGCUGCCCCAGCAUUCUACAGCGAUGAUGACCUUGAAGACCUUCCUGAGAAGUUUGAUGGCAACCCUGACUUGCUGGGUCCUUUCAUAUACCAGUGCCAGCUGUUCAUGGAAAGGAGCAGCAGAGAUUUCUCAGUUGACCGUGUCCGUGUAUGCUUCGUGACAAGCAUGCUGACUGGCCGUGCCGCCCGCUGGGCUUCUGCCAAGCUGGAAAGAUGCAAUUACCUGAUGCACAACUACACUGCCUUUAUGAUGGAGCUGAAGCACGUGUUUGAAGACCCUCAGAGACGUGAAGCUGCCAAACGCAAGAUCAGACGUCUGCGUCAGGGCCCAAGUUCUAUCGUGGACUACUCCAAUGCAUUCCAGAUGAUUGCCCAGGACUUGGAUUGGACGGAGCCUGCCCUGAUUGACCAGUUCCAGGAAGGCCUCAACGACGACAUUCGAGCAGAGCUGUCUCGCCAUGAGGAUCCCAAGACUCUGACUGAUCUGAUCACUCUGUGCAUUCACAUCGAGAGAAGGCUGACCCAUGAUGAUGAUGACAGUUCCGAUUCCUUACCAAGUGCCUCGGCGAUGCCUCCAGUCAACCAGCCUGAUCCUACUGAGCCCGUGGGAGGUGCCCGCAUGCGCCUGUCCCAGGAAGAAAAAGAAAGACGCCGCAAAAUGAACUUAUGUCUAUACUGUGGCAACGGAGGACAUUUUGCCGACACGUGUCCAGCGAAAGCCUCUAAAAAUUCACUCGGGAAACUCCCCGGCCCCGCUGUAGGGGGACCUUCAGCGACAGGGCCAGAAGCAAUAAGGUCCCCAAUCUCGGAGGUGACUCCCCACCUUCAGGUGAUGCUUCAAAUCCAUAUACCUGGAAGACCCACUCUCUUCGUCCGCGCUAUGAUCGAUUCUGGUGCAUCUGGCAACUUCAUCGAUCAAAAUUUCGUCAUUCAAAAUGCAAUUCCUCUAAGAAUCAAAGAAUGGCCAAUUAUGGUUGAAGCCAUUGAUGGACAUCCUAUUGCCUCUGGCCCAAUCAUUCUGGAAACGCAUCACCUGAUAGUUGACCUGGGAGACCACCGAGAGAUACUGUCCUUUGAUGUGACUCAGUCUCCUUUCUUUCCUAUUGUCCUGGGCAUUCGUUGGCUCAGCACACAUGACCCGAAUAUUACCUGGAGCGCUCGCUCCAUUGUCUUCAACUCUGAUUACUGCCGACUUCGCUGCCGCGUGUUUGCUCAGAUACCUCCUCCUCUACUAUUUCCGGUACCGCAUCCUCCUCUACAUGCGCAUGUGCAUCCGAAUUUGCAGCAGCAUGUGCAUCCAGACCCCUUUCUCUCUCUGCAGCAGCAUCUGCAGCAACGUCUACAUCCAGAAGUGCAGCACUAUCUGCAGCAGCAUCUGCAUCCGCAAGUGCUGAACUAUCUGCAGCAGUGUCUGCAGCCAGAGCUGCAGCACUAUCUGCAGCACCACCUGCGGCCAGAGCUGCAGCACUAUCUGCAGCACCAUCUGCAUCCGGAACUACAGCACUAUCUGUACCACCAUCUGCAUUCGGAUAUGCAGCACCUUCUGUAUCCAGAUCCACGGAACCAUCCAGAACCGUGUCACCGUCCGGAUUCACAUGACCAUCCUCCUCCGGAUUCCCCUCAGCCUCCGGAUCUGUCUCAGCAGCUGCAUCCAGAUCCCCAGCAGGAUCCCCAGCAGGAUCCCCAGCAGGAUCCCCAGCAAGAUCCCCAGCAGGAUCCCCAGCAGGAUCCCCAGCAGGAUCCCCACCAGGAUCACCACCAGGAUCACCACCAGGAUCCCCAUCAGGGUCCCCAUCAGGGUCCCCAUCAGGAUCCUCAUCAGGGUCCCCAUCAGGGUCCUUAUCAGGAUCCCCAUCAGGGUCCCCACCAGGGUCCCCAUCAGGAUCCUCAUCAGGGUCCCCAUCAGGAUCCACACAUAAAUCCUCACAUAAAUCCUCACCUGAACCCUCAUCUGAACCCUCACCUGAACCCUCACCUGAACCCUCACCUGAACCCUCACCUGAACCCUCACCUGAAUCCUCACCUGAAUCCGAAUCUGUAUCCAAAUGUGCAUCCGAAUCUGUAUCCAAAUGUGCAUCCAAAUUUGCAUCCGAAUUUGCAACCAAACCAACCUUUCUUCUACCAAGUGGCUGGAUUCAGAGUUUUCCAACCUGUGAGGUAUUACUACGUCCAGAAUGUGUACACACCUGUGGAUGAGCAUGUCUAUCCGGGUCACCGGCUGGUGGACCCUCACAUCGAGACGAUUCCUGGAGCGCACAGCAUCCCCAGUGGACAUUUGUACUCACUGUCUGAAUCUGAAAUGGCUGCCCUGAGAAAUUUCGUGGACAGGAAUGUGAAAGAUGGACUCAUGACCCCAACAGUUGCACCGAAUGGAGCCCAAGUCCUGCAAGUGAAAAGAGGGUGGAAACUCCAAGUCACUUACAAUUGCCGAGCUCCACAGAAUGGCACCAUCCAAAAUCAGUACCUUCGCCUGUCUCUUCCAAAUAUGGGAGACCCUGCACACCUGGCAACCUAUGGCGAAUUUGUCCAAGUUCCUGGCUACCCAUUUCCUGCCUAUGUCGUCUAUUCAGGUCAGCACACGAUGACUGCAUGGUACCCAGUCGGACGAGAUAUUCAUGGAAGAAUCAUCCUUGUACCUGUUGUCAUCACCUGGUGUCCAAAUAUGCACCGCCAGCCUCCAGUGCCCCAGUAUCCUCCUCCACAGCCACCACCGCCACCGCCGCCGCCACCACCACCUCCACCGCCGCCGCCACCUCCACCAGCAUCAUCCUACAGUGCCGCGUAGAUAUUUGUCACGUCCUUCGUACUCUCUGCCCUCAACUUGAUCCUGUGUGGCUUCUCAAUCAAUGACUGUAUGCUACUGGACCUUCAGGCCCUCUGAGGUAUAAACGCAUGCAGAUCUAAAGUCAGUUUCCAUCGUGACUGCCUAUUUGUAAGUUGAUAGGCCUCGGUUUUAAGUCUUAAAACCUCUCACCAUCUCAAACAGAGGCUGCCAAUUGUCUUUACAAAGAAGCUGAUACGAGCACAGGACAUGCUGGUUUCUUACAGAGGGAGAGAAGAGGAAGAAGAGAAGGAAGGAAGGAAGACGUGACCUGCCCGUAUCCCGGGCACCUUAUGAAGGAAGCCAGACUUUUAGGUGCAGUAUGGAAAGGCUUCCGUGAUCCUCUUGCUGCACCCUAUGAAACUUCACCAUCUUCAAACCCCAUCUUCAUGGUUCCGUUAAUUUUCAAGGAGCAGCAACUCGACUGGUUCUCUGCAACACGAAACACCUCAGCUUGAAAAGGAAGUGCUCUCUCAGACUGACUUGUGAGUGUGCCUUCACAUUCUGGUGCAAAUCACAUGUACCCAAGGACUUGGGGCUUUUUUAGAGCACUGGGCAUCGUCUUGAAGAUACGAACGUCGAAGAAUGAAGUCUCUUGCUACUCCCUUGAAACAUUUGUUCAACCUCUCUUUCUGUUUGAUUCUCAACUACUACCAUUAACCCUGCUGCA